UUUGCAUUGCAAUCAGUAGUUGCGCUAUCAUAACGAAUCGUUGUGUCUUCCAAAGUUCCUGUAUCUGGUGUACGACCUCUUUGGAAGUUAAUAGCCCCUAUGGAAGGAAAAAGCAGGAAGAAGAGCGUAACAGUGGGAACAUGGGGAGGAAACGGGGGAAAUAGCUGGGAUGAUGGAAGCUUCACAGGGGUGAGAGAAGUGAAACUAGUUUAUGAUCAUUGCAUAGACUCAAUCCAAGUGGUUUAUGAUAGGAAUGGGAAGGCUUUCACAGGUGAAAAACAUGGAGGAGUUGGAGGUAACAAAACAGCAGAGAUUAAGCUGCAAUUCCCAGAUGAGUUUUUGACGAGUGUGAGUGGCCACUAUUGUCCCGUUGUUGGUGGAGGGAGUCCCGUGAUUCGGUCGUUGACAUUGAAGAGCAACCGCAGAACCUUUGGACCGUAUGGAGUUGAAGAAGGGACCCCAUUCAGUUUUUCAAUAGAUGGAGGGUAUGUUGUGGGUUUUAAGGGGCGAAGUGAUUGGUAUUUGGAUGCAAUUGCUUUCACUUUGUGUAGCCCAAGAUCAAAGUCGCUGUUUCAGAAGGUGCAGAAGGGCUUGUAUAGGCUUGCAAGCACUGCUCCAAAAUCUUCAUCCUCCAAGGAUGCCUAGAACACCAUACGAAUUUCAGACUUGUCUAUGUUUGUGAUGCAGUUAUGCUUCUUUUCUUGUAAUGCAUAGUUCGUUGGUGUGUGAACUAUACUACUAUUGUAACGACAAGAGAAUGAUAUUAUCUAUUAAAAAAAAUACAUAUAUUGCAUAUUCCGUCAGUGUACGUAUAUAAAAGUGGCCUCUUGCUAUAUGAGAAUAAAAAAGGUUGGAUCACGAGGGUGUAAGCCCCGUUCGGUUAGUCUGUAGAGACCAUGUGAAUGACUGUGAUAUCGGCCAAUCUCUUGGGCGGAAUUUGCGAAGGCUCCACACGUGUCUCAGCCCCUCGCCAUAUAGACGAGGCAAAUCCCAGCUCCAAGUACUCGUUUCCGAGUCUGCAUCUCUGCAGCAGGGGCCCGGGGACUUUCCUGAGCCCAGCUGGUUGCAUAGACCCACUCACAUCGCCUCAUGAUCCAAGCAAUAUGUAAUCU